AUGAGUGCUGGCGUGUGGAUGAGUGCUGGCGUGUGGAUGAGUGCUGGCGUGUGGAUGAGUGCUGGCGUGUGGAUGAGUGCUGGCGUGUGGAUGAGUGCUGGCGUGUGGAUGAGUGCUGGCGUGUGGAUGAGUGCUGGCGUGUGGAUGAGUGCUGGCGUGUGGAUGAGUGCUGGCGUGUGGAUGAGUGCUGGCGUGUGGAUGAGUGCUGGCGUGUGGAUGAGUGCUGGCGUGUGGAUGAGUGCUGGCGUGUGGAUGAGUGCUGGCGUGUGGAUGAGUGCUGGCGUGUGGAUGAGUGCUGGCGUGUGGAUGAGUGCUGGCGUGUGGAUGAGUGCUGGCGUGUGGAUGAGUGCUGGCGUGUGGAUGAGUGCUGGCGUGUGGAUGAGUGCUGGCGUGUGGAUGAGUGCUGGCGUGUGGAUGAGUGCUGGCGUGUGGAUGAGUGCUGGCGUGUGGAUGAGUGCUGGCGUGUGGAUGAGUGCUGGCGUGUGGAUGAGUGCUGGCGUGUGGAUGAGUGCUGGCGUGUGGAUGAGUGCUGGCGUGUGGAUGAGUGCUGGCGUGUGGAUGAGUGCUGGCGUGUGGAUGAGUGCUGGCGUGUGGAUGAGUGCUGGCGUGUGGAUGAGUGCUGGCGUGUGGAUGAGUGCUGGCGUUUGGUUCAGCGGCGCACAAUCAUAG